UGCACUGGGGACUGACCUGUGAGCCGAUACAAAUAGGGAAUAGGCCAACUAUCGAAGACACCAUGACAGGUAAACAAGGAGCUGCGGUGCUAUCGGAAACGUUGAAUAUAUCCAAAACGUCCUCUAUCGGUGCUAACGGAGGGAAUAACAGCCUGCACCAACAAUCAAAGAACAGCGCCACGCACCCUCCCAGAUGCACGGGAUUCGGGAUACAGGAGAUUUUAGGGCUGAAUAAAGAGCCUUCGGCGGCCCCGAGGAGCGCCUUGCAGUCGCUGCCAGCUGGGGCGCACCUGCUUGCCGCCAGGUCAAUGCUUGGUCCCGCUGGUGUAGGAGUUGGGAUGGGAUUAAUCGGGCCUGGAGGGAUUCCGUCAUUCUACAGGCAACCAGCGUUUUUGGAGGUCCUGCAGGAUGCGCAGAACGUUCACUUGCAAACCCACAAUAGAACUGUGGGACAUCUGGACCACAGCCAGUCCCCCAGUUCAGACUCAGAAGAUGUGUCAUCAAGCGAACGAAAACUCUCAAAGAACUCAUUAAGCCAGAGCAAGAAACGGAAGAAAAGACGGCACCGAACCAUAUUCACAUCUUACCAGCUCGAGGAGCUGGAGAAGGCCUUUAAUGAAGCUCACUACCCAGAUGUGUAUGCAAGAGAGAUGCUGGCUAUGAAAACAGAGCUUCCUGAGGACAGAAUACAGGUCUGGUUCCAGAACCGCAGGGCCAAAUGGAGGAAAAGGGAGAAGUGCUGGGGUCGCAGCAGUGUGAUGGCAGAGUAUGGGUUGUAUGGCGCCAUGGUCCGCCACUCCAUCCCCCUACCGGAUUCCAUCCUCAAGUCUGCCAAGGAUGGCAUCAUGGACUCCUGUGCCCCAUGGCUGCUUGGGAUGCACAAAAAGUCCAUGGAGACCACGGUCGUCCAGCCAAAAGGGAAGUCCGAUGUUCCCCAGCAGCCAGCCAUUCAGAGGGCUGAAGAGUGCGACGUGGAGGAGAAGAGGGCGGAGGGCAAGUCACCCAUCUCCAAAGAGGAACUGAGGGAGAACAGCAUCGCAGCACUCAGGGCAAAAGCACAGGAGCACAGUGCCAAGGUGCUCGGGACUGUUACAUGCGAGAGACCAGAGAGCAAAGUGGAGAGACAGGCGACAGAGGAAAAAUCUAGUGGCCCUUUGAGUCCAGUGGAAGAGCCCAAGAGUCCAUAGACCCUCACUUUGUACAGACUUUGCAGUGCCCUUGACUGUGCUCUAAACAUCUGUAUGGACUCAACUAGAUUGAUCAGUAUUACAGUGUUCACUGAGAGGUUUUUACAUGUUGAACAUCCUAGAUCUCUAUUAUACUGUUUUCAAAUGACCUGCUUUAUACUGGUCUUCCUAUUGGAAAGAUUAAAUAUCUACAUUUGUAUUUUAUUGACUAAGAAAAACCCCAAUGCACUUUCUGUCUUUCUUACUCACUGACAUUCAUACAAAUAUUGAUGCUUACAUAUUGUUGAACAUGGUUUAAUAUGGGGUUAGCAGUCCAUACAGAUGUAUAUUGUGACAACUCCUAUAACUAGAAGACACCCACUCUACACAUUUCUAUCAUUGAAUAUUCUUAA